AUGGAUGAGCUAUUUAGGAAGAAUAGUGACGAAUUAGUUAGUCUUUUGACCGAGUUAAAUCGAGUAAGUACGGGAGUAGGAGAGAAUUUAGUUGUACGGAAGGAGUUAUUGCGUAAGAUUAAGGCAGUAGCUGAAGAAUUAGACUUAAUUUAUCGAGUGAGUUUAGAAGGUUUCAAUAAGGAGAAUGAAGAAGUCUCUGAGAGUGUAUUCCUAAUUGCCAAACGACUAUUCAAUGAGAUAGAAGAGAAAGAAGUCUGGCUGCAAGAGGCCAAAGCCAUAGUAGCCGAUUCCGAACGAGAAUUAUCCGGAGGUUUAGAGGCAGUUUUAGAGUAUAGCCAACUAUUAGCCAAGUACAGCAAGUGCCCAUUACUAUGGACUGAAGGUACGCCUUUAGAAGGUCGAUUCCCCGCCUAUCCAACCGAUGAAAUCAUUCAGCAGUCCAUUUUACGAAUCGAAAGAGAAAAGAAAGUCACCAAGUCCAAACCCAAAGCAAUAACCCAAGAAGAAUCUAAUAUCCCCGAACAUUCCCCGGAGGAAGAGUUCAAAUUCGAGUUUUAG